AGAAGCGGAAGGUGGCGGUAACGCGCCUGAAGUCUGCUUGUAAACUGCCGUUAAAUCCACAGAAGAAGAAGAAACGACGUCACGAACGUAAACAAGAGCAUGUCGCACAGACAGACUCAAGCAAGAGACAUGAACGGCCAAGCGGACGUCGAGGUUGACUACAAGCGGAAAUACAAAAAUCUCAAACGCAAAUUAAAGUUUCUUGUUUAUGAACAGGAAUGCUUUCAGGAGGAGCUGAGGAGAUCACAGAGGAAACUUCUCAAAGUUUCCAGGGACAAAAGCUUCCUUCUGGACCGACUGCUACAGUACGAGAGGGUAGAUGAAGACUCCUCAGAUUCAGAUGCAACAGUUUCUUCAGAAAACAGUGAAGGAGAAGGUCCCAGGGAGAGGGAAAGAGAACGAGACGGAGCAAAGAAGCGAAGAAGUAGUCCUGGGGCGUGUCUUCCUUCAUCCUCCUCCCCUCACCUCUCCCUGCUGUCCCGUCCGGGUGUAAACCCCCUGCAGUCGUCCGGCUCUGGACCCUACCUCAACACUUUGCCCUUCCCACCGGAGUAUUUGGCUCCUCCAGCUGAACGAAUGAAGAAAGAGAGAAAAACAAAGACGCCUAAAAACAAGAGAGACACAACGGGGAAGGUUGUUGCCCCAAUGGCAGCUAAUUACCCAUCAGCCCCUGCGGCCCCUCCGGCUGCCAGCAGCCCCUUCAGCUGGGUUCCCAGACAGAUGCUAAGUGGAGACGCAGCUGAGGAGGAGGGAGAGAGCGAUGGAGACAGCGACAGAGGAGACGAAGACAGAGGGGAGGGAGACGAGGCUGAACUAGUCAUUGACAUCCCUAAUGAGUGAGCCUGAGCGUGUGUGUUUUAGAUUUAUUUAUAAGCAACGAAGUGUGUGUGCGUGUGCGUGUGCGUGUGUGUGUGUGUGUGUGGACUUUAGCUUAAUUGCAGUAUCACUGUCAAACAAUGUCUCCCAGAUAUUAUGUUAAGAAUUACAUCUGUGAAAAAGUAAUAGUUUUGUAAGCUUUUAAGAAAAGUCCAGUGCCCCUGGGACGAUAGGAUACUUUACUUUUUAAACCGUUUCGAGCUGCCUGCAGUGUAACAAUGGACUGAGACGAGGCGUGUCCUGCACAAAGAGCUUUUGUUUACUUGUUCUGCAUAAAUACUGAACUCCAUUAAAGCUGUCUCCGUUGUGAUGCAGAUGUUUCAGAUGUUACGUCUUCGCUACUUACAGGCAGUUCUGUCAUUUCUACUAUGUUCAUUUUUUUAAAACACAAUGUCAAAAAGCUUCAUGUUGAGAUGUUUGCACCAAUCACUGUGUGUGUGUGUGUGUGUGUGUGUGUGUGUCGGAGAAUAAAAUGUCAAAUGUUGUCAUUUCAGAUGACACAAAGUUUAAA